AUGGUUUUCUGUAUAAGCGAAAACCUAAGCAGAAAACUUCAACCGAAACAUCAAAUAACGGCAAUUACUGUACUCUACAUUGAAGCAAGUCAAAUUAAAGAUAAUGAAGUAGAAAAAUGGGUUAAUCAAAUACGCAAGAAAUCCGCUAUUCAUACAAUUAGUCUGACAGCUGAUAAUAAUCUUGAUGAGAACGUAGCAGCAAAAAUAACUGAUGCAAUACAUUCAAAUUCUAAUAUUCGAACAGUUAUUCUUGCUGUAAGAAACCUUGGAGACAAGACAACAGAGCAAUUAGCUUACAUGAUACGCGAUAAAUACGAUAUUCAUACACUUAAUCUUAUUGUUGACAAUCUUGACGAUAAGACAGUAGGAAAACUCGUUGAUCCCGUACGCUGGCAUUCUAAAAUUAAAAACAUUAGUCUUACUACAAGAAAUAUUGGAGAGAAUGCAACAGCAAAAAUAGUUGAUCUGAUACGCUGGAAUACCAAUAUUGAUGCAAUCAAUCUUGCUGUUGACAACCUUGGAGAGAAGACAGUAGCAAAUUUAGCCGAUGCAAUACGUUGGAAAUCGAACAUUAAGAACAUUAGUCUUAAUUUAAAAAAUCUUGGAGAGAGUGCAACAGUAAAAUUAGCUGAUGCCAUACGCUGGAAUACCGAUAUUCAUGCAAUCGAUCUUGGUAUUGACAAUCUUACAGAGAAUGCAGUGGCAAAAUUAGUUGACGCAGUACGUUGGAAUUCGAAUAUUCAUAAUUUUAGUUUUAAUCUAAGUAACCUUGGAGAUAGUGCAACGAAUAAAGUAGCUGAUUUAUUAAAAUGGAAUUUCAAAGCGGAUACAAUUAAACUUGGUAUUGAUAAUCUUGGCGAGAAAGCAGUAGCAAAAUUAGGUGAUUUCAUACGCUGGAAUUCGAAAAUUAUAAACAUAAGUCUCGCCCUAAGAAAUCUUGGAGACAGUGCAGUAGCAAAAUUAGCUGACGUGAUACGCUGGAAAUCCGAAACCAAUAGGAUUUAUCUUGGUAUUGACAAUCUUGGAGAGAAGGCAGUGGCUAAAUUAAUUGACGCAAUACGUGGAAAUUCGAAUAUUAAGAAUGUUAGUUUUUCUAUACGUAAUGUUGGAGACAGUGCAGCAGCAAAAAUAGCUGAUAUUUUACGCUGGGAUUCCAAAAUAAAUACAAUUAAUCUUGAUGUUGACAGUCUUGGAGAGAAUGGAAUGGCAAAAUUAGGUGAUGCAAUACGGUACAGUUCGAAUAUGCAUACAGUUAAUCUUGCUGUUGAAAAUUUUGGAAAUAAGGGAGUAGCAAAAUUAGUUGAUACAAUACGCUACAAUUCUAAUUUAAAAACAUUCAAUAUCAAUGGGAAUCAAGUGAAAAUAAAUUGA